AUGGGGCACUGGAACGUUCUGGGUGUUUCGCAACUCCCCUUUAGGAAAAUUUUUGUCGGAGGAAUCGCAUAUGAUGUGCUCAAUGAAGACCUUACGACUCAUUUUCAACAAUUUGGUGAAGUCGCCCAAGCGCAGGUGAAAUUCGAUCGUAUCACUGGCCGCUCGAGAGGCUUUGCGUUUGUCGAGUUCACGACUGGGGAAGGAUGCAAGGCAGCGCUUGCUACGCGUGAGCAGACCAUCAAAAACAAGCAGGUCGAGGUGAAGCCCGCCAAAUCUAGAGAGAACAAGAAGGUCUUUGUGGGCGGGCUGCCAUCAGACUACAAUGAAGGGGAACUUCGUACGCAUUUUGAGCAGUUUGGCAAGGUGGAGGACAUUGAAUGGCCCUUCGAUAAACAGACGAAGAUGCGUAGGAAUUUCGCUUUUAUCGUAUUCGAGGAAGAAGAGGCAGCCGAUAAAGCUUCUGCACAAGCAAAGCAGACUUUUGGUAGCCGUGAGUGUGACGUAAAGAAAGCAGUACCUCAAGGAAAGCGAUUUGCUGCUAUGGGUGGUCGGGGAAAUGGAAUGAGACCGUAUGGUGGACGAGGUGGUGUCAACGGAGCUGCGUGGUACGGAGCAUGGGGACAAAUGGGAAUGCCGUAUGGUGCAGGUGCUGCUGGUUGGGGAGACUGGUAUGGUGCUGCCAAUUCUUUUUAUGGUCAACAGAACGGAUCUGCUGCUUACGGGAAUGCUUACGGUGCAGGCGGUGAGUUAGAUGCAGUUGAAUGUUGUGAUCAGAUGACAUCGACAUUGGAUACGUUUAUGAACCGUGUUAUAUCAGUUGUCACAGGAGAUGGCAGGAAUAUCAUUGGCAUGAUGAAGGGAUUUGAUCAGCUGGUGAACGUGGUGCUUGAAGAUUCUCAUGAACGUGUGUACUGCGAAACACAAGGUGUUGAGCAGAUUCCGCUUGGCUUAUAUAUUAUACGUGGCGACAAUAUUGCGGUGAUCGGCGAACUGGACGAAGAGCUUGACAAGCGUAUCGAUCUGGAGAACGUGAAAGCUGCACCACUGGCUGCGAUCUGGAUCCAAGGAUAA